AUCCAAAGGCGUGGCAGAGCAUGGAUGCCUGUCGUCACCCCCUAGCGGGCUGUGUUUUUGGAGGAUCAGAGAUCUGCCAGGGAGGUUGGAUAGAAGUUAACUCGCGGUCUUCUCUAUGGACUUGUUAGCACGAGGGAGACGAUUAGUGACAGCGACGCUUUCAACUCCAUCGCGAGAUAAUACCUAGGUGCCAAUAUAUGUCGAUCCCCAGCAUCAUACAUGCUCGAACUGCAUCCCUCUCAUCAGCUUAGUAUCUGAAUGUCUCGCAGUGCCUGUCCAGCGUAGAACUGCGGUCCUGAACUGGCCGCUGUUUUUCUUUUCUUGUGCGAGUUUCUAACAUUUACAGCCCCUCGUCGAGUUGGUCGUGGCAAUUACCGGAAAGGGAACGCCGCCUUUGCUUUUCUGCCGGCGCAUCGCAACCUCCGUUGCUUCUUCUGCGUCUUCUGCGUCUUCUGCUUUCUAUACAUCUUUUGCUUCUUUCUCGGUGCAUUUGCUGCUUUCACGGACGUCGAGGGAGACACGGACGCAUCGAAGAUGGACAUCUCUCCGGUGACGGGCUCAGGAUGGUGUCUCCGCCGGGCGAAGUUGGCUGUUCAUUGGGCUGUGCUGGUGAUUUGUGGAAAUGAGGCCUGACAGUUCAUCCCUCUGACCUCUGCACACCAGAAACCUUCGAUAUGUGCCGCUCUUUGCUGGAGGAGGCAGGGUUCGCAAGGAUUGUUGAUGGUGAGCUUGUCAAAUCACGGACGAGAUACCCCGGAUGCCGCGUUUUUUUGCUGUGCACAUCAAUCAGGCUAACCAUACACCUAGUUAUAGGGUUUGGCUCUUAAGGCAGAUAGUUCCCAUGCAGUGAGAAUCUGCUGCCUUACAUGCUAUAGAACACAAGAUCAGGGCCAGUGGCAUCUCUUCCUGUGCCACACUCAAAAGUCCUGAUCGACAGUUUACCGGAGGAGACGAGACACAGAGUCUGUUCCAAGAAGAUCGGGCGGUGCUCUAAACGUGGGACGGACUGACUUUCUAGCCUGAACCGGGCGCUGGUCAACUUCGAAAGUUAAUAAGACUCUUACUCUCAGGUACGCUGUGAUCUUUGUGUCGCAAGCCGAUCCUUCUCUCCAUGCAUAAUCGGUGCAACGGACUCGUGGUUCAGGUGGAUAACUAUGUGAGAGAGCAGUUCGAGGUGGUGGUGAACCCUUCCCUUGCAUCCAGAGUUGAGAGAAGAUUGCGAAAGGCUGACUGACUGCCUCUGGGGUUAAACGGACAAAUUGACUGAUUUCGACCGAAGGGCCGCGUUCGAGCUUAUUCGAAAAGGUUCCUGGCCCCCACGGGGAUCUCUCUCCCAUAGUUUACUCUCAGUUACUCAGAGUUCUCUGUCAUCUGGCACGCUCAGCUGCCCUACACACCACCACCAAACAAUGUAUUGAAACUCGAUAAAUCAGUACUGGUUAGCCAUGCAGUCCAUACGCACGAGGGUAUGGCAGACUGGCAAAUACGGUAAUUGCUCAUAUCUCAUCGGCUGGACUGGCAGGAAAGUUAUGAAACAGUCCUGCAUGGGAAUCUGGCCCCCCUUUCUAGAAGGAUGAGGAAUGAAGCAAAAUAACCUGAAUUUCUUACUCUGUCAAAUCAGUUAGUUACACUGUGCGAAAGAAGCAAAGAAACAGCAAUGUUUCCCCUCUCUACCAUUUUGGUUGGCUCUCCCACGAGUGCUGUUAGUCCGCGUGGAUGAGUUCCUCCGCCCAUUCCGAUUAUCCCAAAACUCGAGACUCAACUCUCACCCAAGAAAGAAGAAAUGAUUCAAAUAUAUUUCUUUUCUCGGCCUUUCGCUUCCCCUUCCCCCUUUUACUUCGGUCUUAUCGCCCAGAUCAUAACGCCGAGAACCUCCCAUCGCUUUGUCACAGAGUACUCCGUAUGAGCCAGUGCCCUAGUGUAUUGCGGAACACAGAGCACACUCUCAAGUAUUCUCCGUACGCACUGCCGCACUCUGGCUUGACGGGCAGACUCCGUUGCUUGGACGUACCGCAGAUCACUCGUUCAGCUUCUUUUCCUUUUAAGCGCCGUGGAUGCCUCGGAUGUCAGCUGAACAGGGGUCUGCAUGCAGCAGACGAAUAGUACGCUGGCUUGGGCGAAAGCUGAAUGAGAAAAGAGAAAAUCCCGCUACUGACAUGAUUUGCCUACCCGAGCUGAGGAAAAGGAGGGUUUGGCCUCAUUCUGUACUGAGUACUUUCUCACUACUUUCG